GAGUCUGCUCUUUGGUCGGGGGGUUCGCGAGUGCCGUUUAGUUCUCUCCUAGACGCACAGUGGAUCGCACCACUCACUAACUAAAUUCAAAAUUUCACUUUAGUCAUCUCCCAGACCCAGUGUCAUUAAUAAAUUGACUACAAAUGGACAGAACGAGAGUGGGAUACGCCUCGGCAUUGGCUGUUGGCAUCGGCACAGCCGUCUUCAUCGCCUGGUGGUGGUUGUCCCGAAAUAAGAAGGAACGGCCACCCACGAAUUGGCGAAAAGUCGGGGAACUCAGUGACAUGUUUGUCUUUCCGGUUAAAUCACUCGGUGCUGUCAAGGAAAAUGCGAUGGAGUGCACGCAGUUGGGGUUGAAGUCGGGAUGGCUGAGGGACAGAAUUCUCAUGGUCAUUGAUCUGGACGGGAGGUUCGUGACUGGAAGGCAAAUGCCAAAUAUGGUUCAGAUUACGCCGAGUGUUGCCGGUUCCGUGCUGACCCUACGGGCCCCAGGUAUGAUGACAAUCAGUGUUGAUCUGUCGAAUGUUGGGAAAAGCUUCCGAGCAGCUGUCUGGGGUCAACCGGUACCAGCAUGCGACUGCGGCGAGGAGAUAGCUCGAUGGCUGUCCCGGUUUCUUCUUCAGGAGGACACUGGCCUCAGACUCGUCUAUUACCCACUUGAUGGACCGUAUCGGGACAUUCGAAUGUGCCAUCAAGGAUUCCCGUUGCUAGAAAUUGCGGACGUUGGAGCGUAUCCGGAUGCCACUAGCUAUACUAUGAUGAAUGAGGCUUCGAUAGUGGAUUUAAAUACGAGAAUUGAGGAUUCGGUGACACCUCAACAGUUUCGCCCCAAUUUUGUUGUGAAGGGGGCUGAGCCUCUUGAGGAGGACACCUGGGACUGGGUGAAAAUUGGAUCGGUGAUUUUUAGAAAUGUCAAGCCCUGCACGAGGUGCAUCUUCACGACUAUCGAUCCGGAUACUGGGGCUAAGCAUCCGAAAACCGAGCCUCUGAAGACUUUGAGAAAAUAUCGGCAAGUACAGGACCCCGCCAUCCGGAAGUUUACCAAAGACAAUCCAGUUAUGGGAAUCCACUUGGGCCUGAAGGGGCCCAACGGAGUAGUCAGACUCGGCGAUCCCGUUUAUGUCAGUGUCUGCCAGGAGCCGAAAAAUCCCCUGAAAUCGCCUACAUAGCUGAGGAGAUGGGACUCGUGCGAUUGCAUUGGUCCCCCGUUUUCAGUAACCAAUGAGAACGAAUCUGACACUUAAAUUGUGAAUACCAGAGCCAAAUUUUCUACCAUUUUACAAGCGCGAAAUUUUUUUAGAAUUUCAAAUUUUUCAGUGUGACCUGUAUUUGUAUUUUCAUAUUUUUAUAAGGCCUAGUGUAUAUCCUCAGUCGGUACAGGCGGAAAAUAUACGACUUAUUUUCAAGAGAA